UGCUAAGUUCGUCUAUUCUCGAGCUAUACACUCAUACGGCCGUCUUUAUAUUUAAUAUUCGCUGGAAAAGGAACGAAAGAUAUUGAUAGUCCAAGAUAUGAGCGAACCAAAACCAGAACCCGAACUACCACAUCGACGGCUGUCACAGUCACCAGAAUCGGAUGACCUUAUCACCUCUGGCUGGGCCCCUCUGGGAUUCAGUCGGGAGAAAGUCAGGGGAUUCAGAAAUCCAGGUACUUUAUGCUACCGGAACGUGGUGCUUGUUGUACUUAUGAAUACGCCUAUCUUUCUGAAAUGGCUUAUAAGAUAUCGCAAAACCCACGAAGCGUGUACUCCAAAACAGCAGAAGUGCUUGACUUGUUGUCUUUAUCGUCUUUAUUAUCUCUAUUGGGUCGAGGAAGAUGAUGGAACACAGAGAUUGCAGAGAUGUCUGAAACCGUUAUGGAGAAUACUUGCAAAGACCUCCUGGAAAGGUUUUACCGAAGGGCAGCAGGAUGCGCGUGAUUUCAUGGAAAGCAUAUUUCAGCAGCUACUUGAAGAGGUAGAUGAACAGGGCCGCCACGAAUUGAAUGAUAUCUUCAAGAUUCGAGUGGGCAGGAACGACAAGUGCUGCAAAUGUGAGAAAUCAAAGAUUCGGCCCGAUGAAAAAUUCUUCAUGGUGUAUGCUCCUGAGGAUGAAAAUAUGCCUGGGUACGCGAACAUCGAGGAAGGACUGCUUGACAAGCCAGAGCAUUCGAAGGAAAGGUGUGGCAAGUGCAGGCAAGAGACAGACCAUAUCAUGUCUGAGAAGGCUUUAAACCUUCCUGAAGUUCUUCUUGUUCAGUUUCCCAGGAUGAAAUACGACAAAAUCACGAAUGAGCCCAGGAGAAUCAGGGUUCCAGUCUGGCUUCAAAAAGACAUAGAACUCCCACCUGGCUUAUUGAGUGAUACAGUGAAAAUCGAAGGCUGCGCCCGUUAUGAGCUUUUCGGGAUAGUAUUCCAUGAGCCACAUGAGACGGACAUUCAGAUGGGCCAUUACACCUGUGCUGUCAUGGGACCAGAUAAUAAAUGGGCACAUCAAAACGACAUGGAAACCAAUACUUAUGGAUCGCUGGAAGAUUGUCUGGAUUUUCGUAUGGAUAACCACAAAAGAUUCAAGCCUCCCUACCAUGAUCGCGUCUGUUGGGCGGUCUACCACCGUGUGCCUCUCGAGAGGCCAUUAGAUCUUGGAUCAGGGGUCUGGGAGGAUGAUCAGGCUUCGGCCAUGCAAGCAACUGACAACGAUGAACCGCCCAGCGAUCUUGGAUGCCAUGGCGACCCCGAUGCAGGCUCUCCAAGGGGCUCUUCCCCAGAACCUGGCCCAGGUUCGAUGAGCAUCGCGCCUCAUAAUGCUGUAUGCCUGGAACAAUCCAUUCACCUAAAGGGACGAAGAUUGAAAUGGACAGUCGACGACCAGCUGGUCAUACCUGAGGGAGCCGGGCCCCUUGUCUGGCUGAAACCGGGGAAAAAGGUUCAACAUGCCGAGGUCAGGCUUAGACUUGUCUGCCGAAAGACGAGAGAGGUCCUCACAGGGCGAGCUAUCAUCCCCCUCAAGCCAGAUAUAUUACCCGAGCCAUAUGACGCUGGAACACGGCCGGACACACCUGUACGAGACAUUGGAACACAAACACGACGCAGGGUCCCCAGGGAAGACAGCGGGUCAGCAAGACUUUCGGGAAGUGCGCAAGAUAGGGUUAUCUCUGGGAGAAUUACAAAAGCCGGUAGCCAGAAGCGGGCUCGAUCCGCUUAGGGGGGGCUUCUCUUGAGAAAGAUGCUUCAUAGAUUGGACUUGAAUCUGCUGGAAGUCCUGUGGAGAUUGAAGUGGU